AUGACCACUUCAUCGCUGUCCUUACAGCGUUGGGAGCCACCUCUCCCUUGUAUCAUCAAGAUAAAUGUAGAUGCUUCCUGGCACUUAGAAUCACUUGGAGGUGGAAUUGCUGCUUUCUUUCGAGACUCCUCUGGUUUGCUCCUCCAUGGUGUGUCCAAGUAUGUUUGUACCUCUUCUCCACUACUUGAGGAAGCCUUGGCUUGUAGAGAGGCUUUACUCCAUGCUCAUGAUCUCUCUCUGACCAAUAUCAUGAUCGCUUCAGACUCUCAAGAUCUUAUUCACGCCCUUUCAUACUCAUCUCAUCAUUCUCAUUUGUCGCUAGCUCAUAUCGUCUCUGAUAUCCGAAUUCUGGCUGCUUCUUUUAGCAGCCUCAGCUAG